AAGCAACGCACUACCAAAAAUCAGAAAAUAGCAGCAUAAGAUCCUACUAACUAGAUAAGUCUGACAUGUAACGUUACAAUGUGAACAUUAAGGGGAGUGAUGUAAGCGUACAAUACACGCUGUUCUUUGGUUAACUGCAUGUAAUUACCUUAGUAAAUGUGGUAAAACUAUAUUAAAAAAAAACAAUUUACAAUUUUUGUAUGCAUAUUAAGCCAAGUAAUGUAUGCAUUACUCUCGUGUUUUUCCAAAACUGUGUGACUUUCUUUCUUCUCUGGAACAUAAAAUAAUUUUUUUUUGAGAAAUAUCUUUUUUCCCUGUCCAUACAAUACAAAUCGAUGGACACUAAAUUGGUUUGUUUACCACAUCUAUAAAAUAGCUAACCUCUUUUGUUUACCAUAAAAAAAAGGAGGUCAUGUAGGUUUGGUACCACCCGAAGGUGAGUCAAUGAUGACAAACAGUUCAUUUCUGGGUGAACUAUUCUCUUAAACAGCUCUGAUUAUGUGACUGUUUACGUCAGCCAUGUCAAAAUGUUUAGUUAAAUCAGGACAGUCUGCACUUUCAUUUAUAGUUGACAUCAAUUCUGAUGACAGAUGACAAAUAGGUCCUAUUUCAUUCUCGGGAGGUUCCUUCUCUGACAGGUUGAGGCUGAAGACAAAAUUUAGUCAGAGGAUGAUGAAGCUUUAAAGGGUGGGGCUAUUGUAAGAGGAGGAGUUGUUUGGUGUGUAUUGGAGAGAGUCAGCUAAGAGAUACAUUGUGGAUACUUGCAUUGGGAUAUUAGAGAUCUUGAAGCAGAAGCAGUAAUGGUAAAGCAGUCUUUUAAUACUGUGUGCAUUUAGAUCUCUGUGACCGGACAGACGCAGGGCUUUACACACACCAGACACUGACAUUUCCUCAUCUUAUCUGAAGUGGAUGUGAUAUCAGAGAGAGACAUUACAAAGUGUGUAUCAUGGCUGUGGCCGGAUGUCCAGAUUAUUUUCUACACCAUCCAAAUUACCAGCAGGAUAAUGUAGACCGAGCUGCCGAUCACAGACAGGCAGAUUUGAUUGGACCAGGUUUUCAGCAGUCAACCAAUCGGAAUUCACCCAACCACCAAGAAGAUGACGUGGAUCUUGAAGCUCUGGUAAAUGACAUGAACUCAUCCUUUGAGAGUCUGUACACUUCUUGCAGUGUGCAGACAGAAUCCACUCCACUGCUGCACAACGGCCAGCCGCACCGCUCUUCCACAUAUCAAACACAGGCUCAGCCCACCUCCCCACACCAGAGACUGCACCGGUCCCAGCCCAUGCACAUCCUCGCUGUCAGACUUCAGGAAGAGGAGCAACAGUACCGAACGUCCUCUCUACCUGCCAUCCCCAACCCCUUUCCUGAGCUCUGCAGCCCCGCGAAUUCCCCUACGCUCAGCUCUGGCUCCUUACCUCAGUGUCAGCCCUCAGGCAAAUAUAUCAUAAAAAUCUUCAGCGAGGAUGGGAUGGGAAAGGUGGUGGAGAUCCCAGCCGACAUGACGGCGCGAGACCUGUGCCAGUUUCUCGUCUAUAAAAACCAUUGUGUGGACGAUAACAGUUGGGCUCUUGUGGAGCAUCAUCCAGCCCUGGGACUCGAGAGAUGUUUAGAAGACCAUGAACUGGUUGUCCAAGUGCAGGCAUCAAUGACCAGUGAGAGUAAAUUUCUCUUCAGGAAGAACUAUGCCAAAUAUGAAUUCUUUAAAAAUCCUUUGAACUUCUUCCCAGAGCAAAUGGUUGCCUGGUGUCAGGAAACCAACGGGACCAUCCCCCCAUCUCAGCUCCUGCAGAACUUCUUAAACUCCAACAGUUGUCCUGAGAUCCAGGGAUAUUUGUAUGUGAAAGAAAUGGGCAGGAAAUCAUGGAAGAAACUGUAUGUGUUUUUAAGACGGUCAGGGUUGUACUUCUCAACAAAAGGAACGUCAAAGGAGCCCAGGCAUUUACAGCUACUAGCAGACCUGGAGGACAGCAAUGUCUUUACAGUAAUAACAGGGAGAAAGCUGCACAAUGCACCAACUGACUUUGAAUUCUGCAUAAAACCUAACAAAGUAAGGAAUGAAGUGAAAGAACUGAGGAUGUUGUGUGCAGAGGACGAGCAGAGCAGAACAUGCUGGAUGACGGCCUUCAGACUCUUCAAGUAUGGAAUUUUACUCUAUCAAAAUUACAAGAUCCCCCAGCAGCGAAAAACAUUGCUUUCACACUUCUCAGCACCCGUGAGGAGUGUCUCAGAGAACUCUCUGGUAGCCAUGGAUUUCUCAGGGAGGAUAGGCCGAGUGAUUGACAAUCCUGUGGAGGCUCAGAGUGCUGCCAUGGAGGAGGGACAUGCCUGGAGAAAGAGAAGUCAGCGUAUGAAUAUACUAGGAAGCCCCAGCCCAUUACACCCCUCAUCAUUAAGCGGAGUUAUCCACAGAACUCAGCUAUGGUUUCACGGUCGUAUUUCACGGGAGGAAUCCCACAAGAUGAUCCAUCAGCAGGGCAGAGUGGAUGGAAUGUUUCUCUUGAGGGAUAGCCAGAGCAAUCCUAAGGCAUUUGUACUUACAAUGUGUCAUCACCAGAAAAUCAAACAUUUCCAGAUUUUACCGUGUGAAGAAGAUGGUCAAAUGUUCUUGAGCCUUGACGACGCCGCCACCAAAUUCACAGACCUGAUCCAGUUGGUGGAGUUUUACACGCUGAAUAGAGGAGUUCUGCCUUGCAAACUUAAACACCCCUGCACCACUGUGGCCUUAUGACCUCCAUUUGCCUGAUUCCGCCUAAAUACAAACACUCAGACGUCGUGUGCUGUGGUGUAAUGCUGUGCUGCUGGGCUGGAGAAAAGCACACUGCAAGAGCAACUCUCGAUCAAGGAGAGAGGAAAUCAAAAGAACAAACACAAACAGGACCAGCAAGAAAUAAAGGAAAUAAAGCUUGUGUGUUAGCUGCUGAUGAACCUCUCAGCCACCUGCACACUCGACCGUGGCCAGAGCAGGUUCUCAGGACAAUCAUCCAGAGGGAGUCUUCAGGUCUUAAUCAUGCAGAUAACGGUUUGGGAAGACCAGCAGAACACUCAUUUUGCACUCAUGAACCAGGAACAACCAAGCUAUGGCAAUUUUUGCUUUUAUAAAUCAAGCAGAUUUGAUUCUAGAAUGUCCUGUGAGAUGCAGACACCCGAUUGGGGGUUUCAGUACUGUGAAAAGACGUUGCCGUUAAAUUUGUGCUUUAUAUCAUUUUCACCGGUAAUCACUAGAAUAUUUAGACACUUGUUUUCUUUUUAUGUGCUCAUUGUGUUGAGCAAAGAACUCUCAUGCAUAGUGCAUUUGGCCUCUUUCAUCAAGUUAAACGCUUGUGUAGUUUUUCCCAUUCACAAAACAUAACCUGCAGCACUCUCUACUGGCCAUACCAAUAAUUAACGUGUCCCUUCACUCCUUCAAGGAAUAGUUGGAUCUCAAAAAUGAAAUUGGGUUAUUUACUCACCCUAUAGUUGAAAACCAUGUGACUUUCUUCUUUUUUGUAGAACACAGAUUUUACAGUUGCAAAUUGGCAUACAACUGUAUUUCUUAGUUCAUACUGACCAUGGCUUUUAGUUUUCUGGACAAACAACUACAACACCAAAACAUUAAAUAUGGAUCAUGCGCUAUAUUUUAAGUCAUAUGACAGUAUUGUAUUCGAGACCACAAGAAGGUUGAGCACGAGUCCAAAUAUUUCCUUGGGCAUGACAACUUAAAAGAGUCCAGCCUUGAGUACUAAAACAAUGCCACAUGAUAUCUUUGUGUAAGGAACCAUCUGAAAUUUUGACGUCUAACUCGUAUCCGCUAAAAAAAGAAAAGAUUUUGGAAAGACAUGAAGGUGAAAAAUAAUGGCCAAACUUAGUUUUUGAGUGAACUAUUCCUUUAAACAUGAGAACAAAAACAUGGCAUGACAUCACCACCACAUCCUUUAGGAAUGGUGCCUUGAUUUUAAAGAGGAGUCUGUUGAGUAAUAACCACUAAACCCUCUGCUGGGAACUCCGCUGUGGGUCGCAGUCUAUCAGGAGUUAGAUCAACAAACUGGAAUCUUUAGAACUGCUGUUAUCUUCAGUCCCAGCUCCAGUCUAUUUUUGUUGUUGACUUUCUAGUUUUCUCUCCAUGUUUCAAAAGAUUGUUUCGAGGACAGCACACUGUGAAGCUCGGGCUAAGAACACCCACAAAAAGAUGGGGUUCAAAUUUAUAAUCUGCCUUGUCCAUGGUAGCAGUAGGUACAACGAAUUUGUAAAGAUUUUUUUAUUUUUUAUUUUACGCAGUGUAAAGAGAGAGCCAUGUUUUUAGUUUGUACCUAUAUUGUAUUAAACUAGAUAGAGAUGGCAUAGCCACCAUGCCUACAAGUUAACCCAAGAUAUCAGUGCAUAGUUAAAUGCAAAUGACACAAUCAUUAUUAAGUAUUGCUUCAACAAAUGUAUUUAUUUAUCUGGAUUUUAUUACUUGAAAUUUAGUUUAGUUUUAUUCUUAGCGCUGUUCAAUAAUAUUCUUCCACAAUUUGGUGAACAUCAGUUAUUAACUGCACCCCCUUUCUUGAAUCUAUUAACACUAAUUCUUUUAAUUAUGGUCUUUUUUUUUAUGGUAGAUUCAGUAAAGCCUGUUCUGACGCUGUCAGUUGUUAAUCUGACACUAUAUUGAAAACACAUAUUUUGGAAAAAUAUUCCAGUGGACAAAAACACAAGUUAGCACAAGAUACGGUGCAACCCAUUGAACAGACGUGUAUUGUACACGUAUUCCAGAAAGCUUUGUUUCCAUUCUCAUGAGAUGUCUACACAAUUUAGGUCUAUUUUGCAAAUUUCAUAUUGUUGUCAAUAAAAAAAUAGUAGUCACAAAGUAACAUUAAGCUGUUUAUUCAUAGAUGUAUUCUAAGAUAUAUGUAAUUCAUGUCAUCUCAGUUAAGUAAGGGAUAAUUUACAAUCAGCCGGUAAUAAAAUAAAAAUAACAAUCUCGAAAGGGCAAUCCUGAUAUUUUGACUGUACAUUAUUCUGCUUAUUACAUGGCUACUUACAAAUAAAAAGCUAAUUAAAAAUGAAAUUUUGAUUUAUUUGAUUGUGGAACAAUGAAUCAAGUAUUUCAGAGAGCCGUGUAAUAAGAAUAUGAUCUCAGUCUGUCAAGUAGUACUUAGACCUCAUCGGAUGAUUUAACCACAGAAAGAGACUGCAGGGCUUAAGUCAGCGCUAUUAUUAUUCACUUGAAUAUCUUUCUCAGUGUCAGUUAAGUUCAUUCAAGCCUUGAGGAUGAGUAUAUGUCAGUGUUGAUUUAGCUGCAGUUUGGGUGGGUCGUACGUUCACCAAAAGACACAAGCAUACACACGCAAUCUUUCUGAACUUGACAUUAUUGUCUUUAUUUUUCAGGGUUUGAUAAGUGAAGCUAUACAAUCAGCCAGCCAAGGACUAAACUAGCAACAUUUCAGUCAUGAUGAUAUUAAUUAGCAUAUUCUACCUGUUUUGAUAUACUAUAAUUCUAGUUGAUAUAAAACAGUAUAUCAAGAAUUGUUCUGCCUUGUUCAGACAGAUGGAUGUAUUGAGUUUAGAGUUUAUAUGAUUUUUUUUCUGAGAUAAUUAAACAAUUAAAAAAAAAAGGGGGAUUUUGGAUUUUGCCAGUGAAGAAGUUGUAGAUUACUAUAAGUUACUGGUGAAUCAACUGUGUGAGUAGAAUUGAUCAUUAGGAUAGUCUGAGUACCAUUAAUGCUUAAUGCUUAACUAGUUGGCCGUUCAGUCUAAAAGUGAGUGUGAACAGGACGUUUGUUCACAAUCCAGACACUCUGGGAGUUAAUACAGAAAUAUAUUACAGUCACGUUGUCUAUACGCAUUCAUUUAAUUUGCAACAUUGUUUCAUUUUUACAUAUACCAUGUAACAUGCAGCUAAACAGGACAUUAUAGGUACACUCCUUUCAUGUACAACUGUUAAAGUUUGUAGAUACCACACUGAAUUUUUGGAGACAGAUUUUCUUUUCUUUUUUCUUUUUUUCACAAUGGCAUAUAAAAUGAAGAAACUUGACUUAUUUUAGUGCAUUUUUAUUAUUUGGUUAAGUGUGUAAAUAUUGAAUCUAUUUUAUUUUGUGUUGCUUUGUCAUGCUAAUUGACCUUAAAGAAUAUGUUAUGUUUGCAUUGAGCUGAUGGAAAACUGGACUUUGAGCUCCUUUAGUCAUUGAAGGUCAUUAUUAAGCUAAAUUGCUUUUUAAAAAACUCACUUAUUCUUACAAAUACACUUAUUAUGAAAACGCUAACAAAUGUAUGCCUUGUAGAUAUUGUAGAGAUGUUUCUUAAAUAUGAAUCAAAGACCGUUUUUUUUUUUGGUAUUCUUUUUUCUUUUGGCAUUUUCCCCAUUGUUGUUUGAAAGAAAAUGUGUGAUCUGUUGAGAGUUUAUCAGUGAAAGAAAUAAAUGUCAUUUUUAUAUUUAAAAGAACUGAAUGUAACUGGGUUGCUCAGGGUUGAAGUGGAGGCUGUUUAAAACUGGUCCUGUGGACCAGCAAGACUUCUUCUCUGUAUUUUCUUUUGAUUAAACUAACAGUAUACUUCUUUUUAUUGAGUCCACACCAGACCUCUAAUAUUGGACACUUUUUCUCUUAAUGAAUCUCUGGCCUUUAAGAUAUUCUAGUUUUGUCAAAUGAGUUGAAUUAUAUAGCUUCCACUCUUUAUUAACCCUUAAGGGAUAAUUCACUUUAAAAAAUAACAUUUACUUACCCUCAAGUCAUUUUGAGCUGCUUUUUUGCCCAUAGAGUGUAACAGAGCAGCUUGGACAUUUUGCUAUAUCACUCCUUUUGUACUCCAUAUACAAGCUUCUUCUUCUUUUUUUUGAUGAACUAUUCCUUUACAAAUUUUUGAAUAUCAGGUGCCUCGAAAGCCUACAGUCCAUCCUCUCUCUUCACUAAUGUUGACCUGAAGGGUGUUUCUACUCAGGUUAUGGUUACUGAUCUGGAAUUUGUGACCAUUUGUCACUAGUAUCAGUUCUGAUGAAAGAGGAGGUCAUGCUUUUGAUUAUACUGUUCAUGUUACAGAGUAAUUGCAUUAUACAUAAAUAGAAAUUUGUAAUGAACUUAAUGUGCAAUUCUGUGGAUCUGCUUUUAAUUAUUGCUAUUGUCAUGAAUCAUAUCAGCAUCUAACGUGUGUAACAUGGACGCUGUAAUAUAAAGCAGUACUUCUGUGACUUUUUUUCAUGCCAUAAUCAGAACCUUCUCCCAACUGUCAGUGAUAUUUCCUGAGCUUUGGUAUGUUUUUUUUUUUUUUUUCGAUGCAAAAUAUCAUGACCAUAACUGUAAGUAAUAUAGAAGUAAAUAUGAAUCUAUGUCUUUCAGGGAAUGAAACAAUCAAACAAACAAAAACAUGGAUAGAAAAAAAAAGGUUUCUUCUUUUCAGAUUCUGUGUUGAUAAUGUGUUCUGCUUGGUUCUGUAAAUAGCUGAAUGGCUUGCAAAUUCUAAUUGUAACAUUUUCAGGUAUUUUUGUACAAAUAAGGGACUGAUAUAUUCUGUUUAGAAUAAAAUAUUAAUUGAU